CCCUACCCAGUGCCCCCUACUCUAGGACGACAAUUCUUGUCACUUGGUAGUUAUUUUCCUAGUGCUAUUUGUGACAGUUUCUGGCUAGAUCGACCGUUCGGAAAAGCAAAUCAAAAUGAGCCUUCUGCUGAAAACAGUAAUAACACCAAAAAUUGGUUUCGGAGCCAUCCGUUGCAUUAGCACAUCUUUAGUCAACGCAACACCACGUAAAUCGUUAAAAGACAAAACAGGAAAAAACAUUGUUUUUGUCGAUGGAGUCCGAACACCUUUCUUAUUGUCAGGAACAGACUAUUCUAAAUUGAUGCCCCACCAGCUGGCAGGACAUGCUCUGAUGUCACUGAUGAAAAAGACAAAGGUUCCAAAAGAAAUGGUCGAAUAUAUUAUCUACGGUACGGUCAUUCAAGAAGUGAAGACGUCUAAUAUCGGCCGGGAUGCGGCUCUUACAGCGGGAUUUAGCGAUAAAACACCAGCACACACUGUCACUAUGGCCUGCAUCAGCAGUAACCAGGGGAUUACUUCAGGUAUCGGGAUGAUAGCUGCCGGUGCGCAUGAAAUUGUUGUCGCUGGAGGUGUCGAAACAAUGAGCGAUGUUCCGAUUCGUCACUCAAGAAAAAUGCGUGCGCUCAUGCUCAAAGCGAACAAGGCUAAAACACCAAUGCAGAAACUACAGCUCCUUUCAUCUCUUAGACCUGAUUUCUUUGUCCCUGAGUUGCCUGCUGUUGCUGAAUUCUCUAGUGGUGAAACAAUGGGCCAUUCAGCAGAUCGAUUAGCCGCUGCGUUUAAGGUUUCAAGAAACGAGCAGGAUGAAUAUGCCCUGAGGUCACACACACUUGCUGAAGAGGCUACCAACAAGGGUUUUCUUACAGAUAUAGUACCAUUUAAAGUGCCUGGAAGUGAUAAAGUGGUUGAACGUGACAACGGCAUCAGGGUUGCGUCACCAGCAAAACUUGCCCAGCUCAACCCUGCAUUUAUCAAGCCCCAUGGAACUGUAACAGCUGCUAAUGCGUCAUUCUUGACUGAUGGAGCUUCUGCAUGUCUUAUUAUGACAGAAGAGAAGGCUAAACAACUUGGCCUUAAACCGAAAGCAUACUUGAGGGACUUUGUGUACGUUUCACAAGACCCCAAAGACCAGCUUUUACUUGGGCCGGCCUAUGCUACACCAAAAGUGCUUGAAAAAGCUGGACUCAGUGUAAGUGAUAUUGAUGCUUGGGAAUUUCAUGAGGCCUUUGCUGGACAAAUUCUUGCGAACCUGAAGGCCAUGGACUCAGACUGGUUUGCUCAGACAUACAUGGGCAGACAGUCGAAAGUCGGAACACCUCCGCUCUCAAAAUUCAACAACUGGGGUGGUUCAUUAAGUAUCGGACAUCCUUUUGCAGCAACCGGUGUACGCCUGACAGUCCAUGCGGCAAACCGCCUCAUCCGUGAAGAUGGACAGUUCGCACUUGUCGCAGCCUGUGCCGCAGGUGGUCAAGGAGUGGGAAUGAUUAUCGAACGCCACCCUGACGGUGUCGCUACAUAAAAUACAAACGUCGACAUGAUUGUAAAAAGACGUAUAAUUUAAAAAAAUAUUUUUCUAUGUUUGUACAUUAUUAGGAAUAGUUUAAAUUG